AUAUAUUACACUUACUACUACUACGACAACAAUACUACAACUAUACAACUACAACUCAUUAGUUAUUAUAAUACAUAUUAUUAUUAUUAUUAUUAUUUCACCGUCUAUGGUCCAUCUUUUUUUUCUCUUUAUUUCUUUUUAAAAUGUUGUCGAUAAAAUAAUAAUAAUAUGUCCCGUCGUCUGCGCAGUCUAGUCCGACACUCCGAUCCGUCCGCCGGUCCAUCGUAGUUGGACAUUCUCGCUCUCGGGGAGAUGAGAAUAAGACUAUUACAAAUUAUUUGUUUGUCAAUCGUUUAAGACUCGUAAAUCGUGUAGGGCGGCUAGUGUAUACCAACAAAAAAAAACCGCUUAUCCGUCAAAAUUCUGAGACGAAAAAUCGGUACUCUGACUGUACAUCAAUACACCUAUACCUAAAGUGUUUUAUACAACUCAUAAUAAUAUAUGAAAAUGUCCAUAUCGUCAGACUCGAUAAUUCACAAACUGUAUAACCGUCAGGUUCAUGGUACUUUUAAAUACAAGCAUAAUCCUCAAAACAAUACAAGAUAUUUAUUUAAAGACAAUCCGGAGUAUGGUAAAUUUUUCUUGCCAGAUAUUAUAGAAGAUAUUUCUGAUCAUGUUUUUAUGGGUUUAACUCGAUGUGGCCGAUUUCUAUUGACUUACACAAUAGCAGACUCAGAGAAUAUAGUUGUUGUUGAUGGUCCUCUUAUGUCUUCAUUAAACAUGAAGUAUAAACUGCAUUUUUGGGCUUUUCGACCGGGCCAAUCAGCUUUUAGGGUUUCAGAAAUUUCAUUAUUUGAGAAUGCAGAGUUUAGUGAUUUUUUAAAUAUUUACAUUGUUCAAUGGCCAAACCGGUCUGACAGAAUCGUAGUUUUCGGUGAAAGUGUGACAUCUGAAGAUGAUGAUUGUGACAUGCACAAAAUUUACAUUACAGUCACUACAUUACCAUCUCUAAAUAACUGUAAAGAUUGUCAAUCAGUAGCCUAUGAACACAGAGAUGAAGAUCUUUCCAAGUAUUAUUUGGGUAACACGUGUCUUAUUCAUGGCCUUACUGUACACACUUCAUUUACAGUUUCACAUCCUUAUCCUCAACUGGAGCCUUCCGUGUCAUUGAAAUAUGAUAAUCAUAUUGUGCUCAAUACGUGUAAUUUUAUUCACGUUUUAAAUUUUGAUUUAGAUAAGAAUCAAAAUUCUACAUCUGAUAAAUCAGAAAACAUUAAUGUUCCAUUAGCUCACAAGCUUAGUAAUGAUUUGACUGAAUUUGGUUAUAAAAUGGCAACUAAAAGUGAUAGUCAAGAAAGGGGUGUCAAAAGGAGACAUAUUGAUACAAGAUGUUUUUUUGACAAAGAACAAGAUAUGACCAUGGCUGCUCUAAACGCCAUGCCUAAUUAUAACAACCAUCGUCUUUUAAGGAUGAAAGAUGCUGAAAAGAUAUAUGAUUUUGAUGAAAAUGAUGAUAGUUGUUUGCUUAAGUUUAAAUGGUUCAGGCGGAGAAGAAUAGCAGAUAAAAUGUAUGAAUUUUGUUCGGAAGAAGAAGAUAUGGAAAAUGUGCAUCCAUCAUCUAAAAAAAAUCUCUUUCAACGCCGUGAAUCACCUGGACCUUCAGCCGUCGAUCAAACACCAUUAUAUAUACAAACAGACUAUGAAGAUAAUAUACUAAAUGACUGUGAUAGAAAAAUGUUAUUUGCUCAAGAAUUAAAUGCAAUCAUUGCCGACUGGGAUUGUUUAUCAUCACCACGUUCAGUUACCUCUGAAGAUAGAGACAUUAAGAGUCCUGAUAGUACCAACAGGAAGAUUACCAAUGUGCUCAAGCCAAGAAAUAAAACUCCAUUGUUCAAAAAUUCCAAAAGCCCCUGUGAUAAGAAAAUCGGUGUUAUGAUCGUUCCUGAUAAUAUUCAAGGAAAUCAAUCAAGUAGUUCAUUUCGAUCUGUACCAUUACAAGGAUGUUCAGUGAAAUUUGAAAGACAGUACAUAGAAGUAGAUGAAGAAAUUGUCUCAGUCACUACAGAUUUAGAUGAAGAAGAUGGUAUAACAGGGUCUUUAUGCGCACUUCCGUUAUCUGUGCAUGGGUCUGCGUCUGCUCAAAUGCAAAUGAUCAAUACUGCCAAAAUUGGAAAACAGGAAAAAAAUGUUUGCGUUAUAAAACAGGCGAGCUUAGAUUUUGAACAUGUUAGCUAUAAAGUGGCUGAAAUUAUUUGCAAUCUUGAAGGUCACAAAUUUUGGUGCUAUAACGACUAUGACUCGGCUAUUGUUGAUAUUUGUCCAUUAAAUGGUGAUAUUUUAAUUGUAUUGUGCAUAAGACUGAACACAGAAGAGGAGAAGAGACCUACACCCCUCUGUCAACCAGUGAAUAGCAGGGGUUUUGAGACAAAGUGUGUGAUUCUGUGGAACCCUGAGACUGAUACUUGUUACCUGGAGGCUUACUUGCAACUGGAAGUAGUCACGGAUGAUCCGAGUCAAACGAGUUGGAAUCCAGCUCGUUUUGAAGCCAAUAUACUGCGCAACGCGUCCAUGGGUUUCUUCAACGUCCCUAUGGGCCGUCAAGUGAGGUGUUUAUCACAUGAAGUCUGGUCUAAGCAAGUUGGUAAUCUAAAUCCACCUUUGUUUGAAAUUAGAGAUGAAGAUAAUAUGAUCACUAUCCUUAGAAACCGAAUGGAUGCGGUAGAUGAAAACAAUGUAAUGGUGUUCCUCCGCCACAGGCUGCCAAUAUAACUAGAAGAGCAGUAGGAAUUUAUCUUAAGGUAUAUUAAGUUUAAUUAGACUAUCUAAAUAUUACUAUUGAAAAUUAAGUGUGGAUAGUUAUAUUUUAUUUUUCAACAAUUAACUACAUGAAUUUAAUUUGUAAGUUUUAUAUCUCAUCAAAUGUUUAAUGAUAUUAUACUUUACCUGUUUAAUUUGUAUUAAGGAAUUAGUCCCUUGAACUCAUUUAUUUCUCGUUAUUCUCUUUAAAUGUUCACGAAAAUUUAAAAAUAAUAAUCAAAUUUUUGUUUGGAAAAACUAUUGGUAUCUUUUUCAAAUAAAUAUUUUACUGUUUAAAAUAAUAAUGUUCAAUGUAAAUUUUGAGUUAAAUAUUAAUCAUUGUAUUCGUUCACAUUGAAAAUUAUUAAACUUUACAAUUCUGUCAAAAACUUAGAUUUAUUUGUAUUUUUCUGUGAAAUAAUCUCUCUUCAAGGAAUCAACAUUAUUAUAGUUAGAAUAAACAAUUAAUUUGUAAAAUCGUUCAUAUUAUUAUUUGUUUUUAGUCAAUAUCUAUAAUGUGUAUUGUAGAUAUUUAAAGUACAAAAAUAUUAUUAAAAUUAUAUAUUAUAAUUUAUUUUGUUAUUAUUUUUCAUCUCCCAUUCAGCUAUAAAAUUAGUUAAGAGUAUAGUAUAGUGAAAUUGAAUAAAAUUAUUUAUGUUUAACUAUAGGUAUUAUUAUUUAGUUAUUACACAUAAAAUGUCAAAAUAAUCAAAAUUUGUGUAGUUUAUAUAAUAAAAUCAUGUAUUAUAAUAUUCAUUUAAUAUUAAUAAUGCAUAAAUUAAAAUUAUAACAAUAAUGUUUCUAUAAUCUACAUUAUAAAUAUUAUAUAGAUAACAAUAUUAGUAACAUCCACUGAUUAUUUAAAAAAUAUAAUAUUAUAAUAAUUUUAACUUUCUUACUCUACACUGCAAUGACAAAAUAAAUGUCUUACUUAGUAUUAGAAUAACAGACUGUGAAUGAUGAUGUAUAUGUGUAAAAAAAGAUUGACCUGUAAAACAUUUGACAAAAUUUGUGACUUAACAGGAUCAACAUACGUAUAAAAUGUCUGAGCAAUAUAAAAAUGUAGGUCGCAUACUUACCACAUACGUGUUUAGUUUGUAUGAUAGGCUUACUACUCUUAAAACUUAUGUACAAAAGCGUUACUAUUUUGUUGUACCUAACAGUAAUAUAAUACCUUUUUCUAAUAUUAUGCAAUGUCCGCUAUGAUGCGGUGAGAUUAGUAUCCAACCGCGGUGGCAGGUAGCGCAAAAAAAUAUUUUUAAGAAACUGUUAUUAUAUUAUAUUAUUAUUUAUAAUACAGUCGAGUCUCGAUAACUCAAAUGUCAAGGGAGAUAAAAAUUAAUUCGACUUAUUUUCGAGUUACAAAUAUUGCAUUGAGUGUAUAAGAAUUUCCCAGGAACAAAAAAAAAAUUUGAGUUAUCGAGAUUCCACUGUAUAUACAUUCAGAAUCACAUUUACUUAUACCAUUACUAUAAUGUACAUUCUAAUUACCUCAAUAUUAUGUUUUUUUUAACUUAAUUUUUUUUUAUGUGUAAUUUUAAUAUAUAUUUGUCUAGUAAAAAAUGUACAUAUUAAAUAGUGUUGCAUUAUUUUAAUUCUAACCGCUGUAUUAGCAAAGUAAUUUGAAUGUAUUAUUUGUCGCGUGCUGCUCCCGUGGGCACAAUUAUGUGUUUGAAAAUGUACACAGUAGAAUCGAUUUUACUCAAGACUCGUAAUGUUUAACAUAAUAAUAUAAAGUACUUACUAGCUAUAGAAUUUCAGUUUGUAAAAAUGUAUUAUGCCUCCGUUUGAUGUUUAGAAGGUGCUGAAUUGUUUUUGAGUAGGAACAAUUUUUAUUUAUUUUUGUGAAACAAUUUUUUUUAUUAUUAUUAUUACUUACCUAUUUUAUCUGAUGAGAAUGUUCAAUUAUUGUAAGUUCCUUUUUGUGGAUUGUUUAUUUUUUAUAAUAAUAGUCCGGAAAUAUUUAUCUUUAUUGCCUAUUAAUAAAAAUAAUAUUAAAUGUUACUAUGAAAUUUGAAAAUAAUAUAAUAUACUGAAAAAUGCAUAUUAAU